AGGGCAUGCUUGAUGUCAAUUUGAUGUCGUUUCAACUUCAAGGUUCCCGCUGGAACCAGUUCAUUUUUGUAAAGUGUCCCUUUAACAAACUCGUGUACACGCGUUUAUUUUCUGAAAGACUUUGAAAACCAGUGUCUAUGGACUGAAAGGUACCAAUAACUUCCGUUUCCAGUCGCUGUCUCUGAGUUAAAGCAGAGCGCAGACAAACCAACGACAGUGGAGGAGAAUGAGCCACUGGUUCUCCACGCGUGAUGAGAUGCCCACCCCUGCUUCACAGAAAGCCAACAUGGUCCAUCUGUCACUUCAUACGUACCGUUGUUUGGCUGACAAAGGUGGACUGACUCCAGACCCGCAGAACUAUCAGAAUAACAACUUCGCUGUAUCGAGUCCAUGCUUGUUUUAUUGUGGAAUAUUCAGCUCAUCGUGAAUGAGCGAAGCAUGUGACGGUGUGGGAGCAGUAUGGAGUGCUCGUGGAAGACUCUGCUGCUGCUCGUGUGCACGUCAUUAGGGGUUCAGUACACCGCUAUCCGCUCCCUCCACGACUCCUUCAGCGGCCCCUGCCAAGACUCCACCCACUGCCAAGUACAUCAGGGUAAAGAGCAAAGAUGGAAAUCUCUGUGCGAUGACAGCCGUGUCCUUGCAGAAACUAGUGGUGCUGCAGCUCGGAAGCACAUCCUUCUGUUUGCACAAACCCGCAGUGGCUCCUCAUUUACUGGACAGCUUUUUAAUCAACAUCCAGGCAUAUUUUACCUUUUUGAGCCUCUUUAUCACGUGCAGCAGGCUUUCACCAAUUCUAGUAGCCGCCUGCAAAGGGCUCUGGAUGGUAGAGCUCUUCUGGGAGCCUACCGAGACCUUCUACUCAAUCUCUACAACUGUGAUUUCAGCUUCCUGGAAAGUUACAUUCGUCCCGAACCACAGGAUCACAUGACCGGGGCCUUUUUCCGCCGUAGCUCCAGCCAUGCCCUGUGCAUGACACCUGUCUGCCCGGAGGGUAGUGAGGAGAUUCAAGCAGGCCAGCCAGAUGAAACCUGGUGCCCUAAAAAGUGUCAAGCCUUGAACCUCACCAUAGCCUCUCAAGCUUGUCAAGAUCGAAACCAUGUGGCCAUUAAAACGGUUCGUAUCCCAGAAAUUGGUGACUUACGUACUCUGUCAGAAGACCCACGUUUAGAUUUGCGUAUCAUCCAUUUGGUGAGAGACCCCCGUGCCAUUCUUGCUUCCCGAAUGACUGCUUUUGCCAGCAAAUUCAGGGCUUGGAAGAUCUGGAACGCCACUGGGCGUCAACCACGGUAUGUGGACCUGACACAAAUAACAAGAACCUGCAAAGAUAUCGAGUAUUCUGUGGAAACCGGCCUCCUGAAACCAACAUGGCUGAGAGGGAGGUAUCUAUUGGUGCGAUAUGAAGACCUGGCCUUGAAUCCUGAAGAAAAGGCAAAGGAGAUAUACAGAUUUCUAGGCCUUGACCUACAUCAAAGAGUCCUCAAAUGGAUUGUUGAUAACACCAAUAGCAGUGUCCCAUCUUCUUCAGAGUGGAACUAUAAGUACUCCACCACAAGAGACUCUAAAGCUACAGCACAGAGCUGGAGAGUGCAUCUAAACUUUGACAUUGUUAAGACUGUUCAGUCUCUGUGUAACAGAACUCUUGCCCUACUUGGCUAUAAACUUGUCCAGUCUGUAGAUGAACUGAGGAAUAUAACAAAAAGUCUAAUGGAGACAAGUGUGUAGUGAAGUAACUUUUAAGUGAACCACUAAUUCAGCUGGAAGACACAUUUAUCCAAAGCAACUUACACUGCAUUCAGUGUAAAUGUAUUGGAGGCCAGCUAGUGAGAGCUGUGUGAGUAAACGUUACUCCCCUGAUCUCAAGAGGCACUCCAGUAAAAGAUACUAGAGGGUGUGUCCUUGAGUAUGUAGCAUUGCAUUGGUGCCGUGACCCAGAUAAAAGUGAGGUUUAAGGGACAGGUAAAAUAGAUGUCAGCUAGUGAGAGCUAUGCAAGUAAACCUCACUCCAGAUCAAAUCCUGCUUACAAUGGGUUGAUAAAUAAUUUGGGAGGUGUCAUUGGUGCCGUGACUUGAAUGGAAGUUUAGGUGAUUAUUGUAACAGAGGUCAGCUAAUGUGACAAAGUAAACGUCACAAAUGCAAACUCAGUAAAUGUUAGAGGCAGUGGUCUGAAGCGUACUUUUAUGUCUCCCAUGCUGGAAUGACCCGUUUUAACUCCACACUAAGUGGCUUGUGCAGAACUGGAGGCUUUACAUAUACAUUCAAUUAAGGAGAAGUCUCAACAAAAUAUAUUUGUUACAUGACAUUGUGUUAAUAGCUUUUUAUAUUUUCACUUUGUUUUUAUCACUUGCAAAUCAGUUAUUAAGGCUUUAGAAAAACAAUAUUAUGGAUGCUACUUUGGGGAAUACUUAGAAAAAUAAUAUGGUCAUGAUUAUAAUGCUUGGUUACUUUUGCUUAAAACAGGUAUAUACAAUCCCAAUCCUUUAGAGUUUAACUGCCACUCACUUGGCCGGAUGUUUCUAGUAAGUAUCAAGCCCAGAGUAUACUUUUGUCAUUCUUGUUUCACGACAGUUCACGCACUGUCCUUGAUGACACAAUUGUCAUCACUAGGAAUGUCCUCAGAUGUCCUCAGGUGCAGAAAUGUUGAAAAAUUCUUUGUCAAACCAGCCCAUCUACAUUCUUUAGCAGUUGAAUAUACAUUAAAGCGAUGCUGUGUUUAAUUAGGGUUGGAGCUAAACUCUGACCUUUGGCACGCGAGACGGGACCCUUCAAGAACUGGUUUGCAUACUCAAUCAAAAAAGUCAAAAAAUUUUGAUUUCCAUCAUUCCUCAAAGUAUAUUGGCUUUCACAGAAAAAAUUAAAGUCAUACCCUUUGGAAUGACUUUAGAAAAAACAAAUGAUGAGAGGAAUUCUUUUUUCUUGGGGGGGGGAUUUUCCUUUAAACAUCUUUGCAAUUUGUAAUCAUUUGCAAUUAAACAUUCAUGACCACCAUUUUUAGCCUGUAAAUGUGCAUUGAUGUGACCAAAGACUCACUAGCUACAAAAGCACAGCACGCUUGCCCAUGACAAACACGCCAGAACUGGCCAACUGACCAAAUGAAGAGCAUGUAUUAUCUGGACAAGCACUUAAAUGGCCUUAAGUAUGAAUGUUAAUCAGUGAAUAUGUCCUUACAACAUCAUAACGAAUCAAGCAGACACCUAAAUUGACACUCGCUGCUUUUGAAAAGCCCCCUUUCUUGUUAAAGUCAAGUAUAUAAUGAAAUCAACUCAACACGGAAGUUUGUGUUCAGUUUAAAUCUCUGGCAGACAGCUCAAUGUGCUUCCAUUCACUGAAGUUGUCAAAUUAUUUUUUAAAAGCCCCAGCUUCAGAAAUUAUCUCUCUAUCUGAUGGCAUUUGGGAAUUUGCUAGUCAGAGUUAGUAAUUAAUUCAGUGACUCUUCUGGGAGCCUACCGAGACCUUCUACUUAAUCUCUGCAACUGUGAUUUCAGCUUCCUGGAAAGUUAUAUUCGUCCCGAACCACAGAAUCAAAUGACUGGAUCAUUUCUCCACCAUAGCUUCAGCCAUGCCCUGUGCAGGACACCUGUCUGUCAAUAGGGUAGCGAGAAGAUUCAAGCAGGCCAACUAGAUGAAACCUGGUCCCCCAAAAAGUGCUAAGCCUCAAACCUCACUAUAUCCUCUCAGGCUUGUCAAGAUCAAAACUAUGUGGCCAUUAAAACAGAUCGUAUCCCAGAAAUUGGUAAGUUGCUUACUUUGUGAAAAGACCUACGCUUUAUGACAAGCAUGCCAGAACUGGUCAAUUGGCCAAAUGAAGAGCGUGUAUCAUCUGGACAAGCACUUAAAUAGCCUUAAGUAUGAAUGUUAAUCAGUGAAUAUGUCCUUACAACAUCAUCAAGAAUCAAGCAGACACCUACAUUGAAUGAAAUGACACUCGCUGCUAUUGAAAAGCCUUGUUAAAGUCAAGUCUCUAAUAAAAUCAACUCGGCACGUAAGGUCGUGUUCAGUUUAAAUCUCUGGCAGACAGCUCAAUGUGCUUCCAUUCCACUAAAGUCGUCAAAUUAUUUUUUAGAAGCCCCAACUUUCUUGAACAGAAAUUAUCUCUCUAUCUGAUGGCAUUUGGGAAUUUGCGAGUCAGAUUCAGUGAUUAAUUCAGUGACUUUUCUGGGAACCUACAGAGACCUUGUACUCAAUCUCUGCAACUGUGAUUUUAUCUUCCUGGAAAGUUACAUUCGUCCCGAACCACAGGAUCACAUGACCGGGGCCUUUUUCCUCCAUAGCUUCAGCCAUGCCCUGUGCAUGACAACUGUUUGCUAGAAGGGUAGUGAGGAGAUUCAAGCUGGCCAACCAGAUGAAACCUGGUGCCCCAAAAAGUGCCAAGCCUUGAACCUCACUAUAGCCUCUCAGGUUUGUCAAGAUCGAAACCAUGUGGUCAUUUAAAGAGUUAGUAUCCCUGAAAUUGGUGAUUUGCAUACUUUGUCAGAAGACCCACGCUUCACAACAAAUAUGCCAGAACUGGCCAAUUGGCCAAAUGAAGAGCAUGUAACAUCUGGACAAGCACUUAAAUGGCCUUAAGUAUGAAUGUUAAUCAGUGAAUAUGUAUUUACAACAUCAUAACGAAUCAAGCAGACACUUAAAUUGACUGAAAUGUCACUCGCUGAUAUUGAAAAGCCCCCUUCCUUGUUCUUCUUAAAAGCAAGUCCCUAAUGAAGUCAACUCGGCACAGAAGGUCAUGUUCAGUUUAAAUCUCUGGCAGACAGCUCAAUGUGCUUCCAUCCACUGAAGUUGUCAAAUUAUUUUUUAGAAGCCCCAGCUUCAGAAAUUAUCUCUCUAUCUGAUGACAUUUGGGAAUUUGUGAGUCAGAGACAGUGAUUAAUUCUAAGUGCAGUGUCAACACUGGGGAAAGCACUUUUGAGCUGUGGAGCCACUUUGCUAUUUGUUGAUAACAAAUAUGAAACUAUACAAAUCAAAAUCCUCGUUUAAUUAUUAUGCUAUCUCUUAUUUACAGAGCCCCCUUGAGGUUGAGCCUUUGCCUGCAGCCUAUUUGAUCCCUUGGGUUAGUGUGACUCUGCUAAUUACUGUUUUGGUUCAUAUCAUGGAUUAAAAUUCUAAGUCCAUGAACACAUCAUAUUUCUGAAGCCAGGGAUCAAAUACCUGCUGAUAUUUAAUGAAAAUGACAUUGCAUACAUGUGUUCUUUUGAGAAUAGAAAUAUAAGACUUGAGAAAAUUGUACCAAUGUUUAGCCUUAAAUAUUCUUGAAUUUCAGGAUGUCUUGUGUUGUUGUUGUUGUUGUUGCAGUUGUACUGUUAAUACAUUAAGUAAUUUAUUCAUUAUAUGUGAAUCAUGCCUUUAAACAAACACUUUUACAUAUUCUAAAUAUGCUGUGUAAAUUAACUGUUCCUCAUCUCAGGUAUAUGAUGAUUAAAUGCAAUUGUUCAGCCACACUGCCAAUUUAUAAAUAUGCAGAGAAAAGAGGAAAACUGAAAUAAAUGAUUGCUUCUUACCUUUAUUUUGCUUCACUGGUUCACACUCAUGAGAAUAAAUAAAGGAUUUUCACUGG